AUGUCAGCAAAAGAUCUCAUCCUUUCUAGUCUUGAAAAAGAACCACAAAUUGAAUCAGCUUAUGAGUUUGCUGAAAAAAAUAAACUUGCAUAUGACAACAGUUUUAUUGGUGCAAUUAGAUCACUUGAUGCUGCUGGUAUUAUUAUUUCAGAGAUGAAGAAAGUAACUAAACAAACUGUUUCAGCAAAUGCUGAAGAUGUAUUAAAGAAUGGGUCAGAAGAAUUUAGAUUAUUUAAUUUAAUUAAAAAAGAAGGAACACCUAAAGCUGAAGUUGAACAUUUACCAUUUUACAGAACUGGAUUUGCUGAGGCAAUGAAAUUAAAAUUAAUAAAGAUUAAUGGACCUAAUUUAAUUAGGAUUGUUGAUACUUUUGAAGAUUCAAUUCAAAAAUCACUUAAAGAAGUUCUUGGUGGAAGAGUUGCUACAAAGAAUGAAGAGGUUAUUUUCAAAAGAAGAAAGUUUUUAAGACAAGAGACUAUUACUGAUUAUGUAUUAAAACAAGGACCUUCUUUUAAUAAAAGAUCUAAACCAGUUGCUAAUUUAACUGCAGAAAUGUUAUUAAAUGGAAGUUGGAAAGAUGCAAAUUGGAAGGAAUAUAAUUUUAAUGCACUUGGAGUAUAUCCAAAAGGAGGUUCAAGACAUCAGUUAUCAAAAGUUAGAAUGAAUUUCAAAAAUAUAUUCUUAGAAAUGGGUUUUGAAGAAAUGAAAACUGAUAUGUAUGUUGAAAGUUCAUUUUGGAAUUUUGAUUCUUUAUAUCAACCACAACAACAUCCAGCACGUGAUGCCCAAGACACAUUCUUCUUAAGUGAACCAGCAACAACAUCAUCAGCUGAUAUGAAUCCUGAUUAUGUUGCAAAAGUUAAGAAGGUUCAUACAACUGGUGAUUUUGGAUCAAUUGGAUGGAGAUCUGAUUGGAAAGUUGAAGAAGCUCAAAAAACUAUUUUAAGAACACACACAACAGCUGUUAGCAGCAGAACACUUGCUAAAUUAGCUGCUGAUGCUAUUGCUAAAGGAGAACCAUUCAAACCAAUAAAAUGUUUUUCUAUUGAUAGAGUUUUCAGAAAUGAAACUGUAGAUCAAACUCACUUGGCUGAAUUCCAUCAAAUUGAAGGAUUUAUUGCUGAUAGAAAUAUUGGAUUACCUCAAUUAAUUGCUGUUAUUAGAGAAUUCUUCACUAAGAUGGGAUUGCCUGAUGUUAGAUUUAAACCAGCAUACAAUCCAUAUACUGAACCAUCAAUGGAAAUAUUUGCUUAUCAUCCUGGAUUAGGAAAAUUUGUUGAAGUUGGUAAUUCAGGUGUGUUUAGACCAGAAAUGUUAAGAACAAUGGGAGUACCAGAAGAUAUUACUGUUAUCGCUUGGGGAUUUGGUUUAGAAAGACCAACUAUGAUUUCUUAUGGUAUUAAAUCUAUCAGAUCAAUUUUCGGUCCAAAAACCGAUUUAGACUUCAUUAAGAAUAGUGAAAUUUGCACUUAUGGUAUCUAA